GUAUACCUGAAAUUGCUAUAAAUUGAGAGGCAGUAUCAUGAGCUCUAUAACGCCAACCAACACUAAAUCAGAAACAAACACACAAAGCUCCCGGAUAGAUUAACAAUGGCAGUGUUGAUAGUGAGUCGCAACAACAACGGAGAAGGCAGGCUGUACGAGUCAACUCGGACUCAGCCGAUUCCUUACUUACAAAAUGGUGGCCAAGAGAACGGAGGAGACGACGACGACGACGAUUGUGACGUUGCACCGGCGGCUUGAUCAUGUGCAUAUUGUCCUGUUAAUUAGCAACAUCGAAGAGGCGACCGCACACGGCUUGGCUCAUUAUCAGUUGAUCUCUUGAAGAAGUACUUUAUCAACUUGCUAGUCGAGCACGAGAUGAUCAUAAGCAUUCAGCACCAGCUGCGAUGCACCAUUAUCUUGUUAUCCCAAUUUGUAAGUACACACACACACACAUACACGGUAAAUACGUACAUACGUACUUAUGUGUACAUAUAUACAUUAGAAAAAGCUAUCAACUUUUCUAGUCAUUUAUGCUAUUAUAUUAGACAAUUAGUAUUCGUAAAUCGUCAUUAUAAAUACUGCUUUUCAUUUUUUAUAUGAUCACCUAAUGCCUAGCUAGCUAGCUAGGUGCAAAGCAUAGCUACCGAAUAGGCUAAUACACAGUCGUCAAGUCCAAAUAAAAGGAGAAAGUAACGUCACUUGGGUUUGAGCUCACUUCGAAGUUAGAAUUAAUUUCAUUAGAUUCUAGCCCUUCUUUACUAGUUCCCAUCAAGCACAAAAUAUGGAAACCAUAGGGCAUCACAUUUAUGGUUGCUGAUAAUCUACUAUCGUAGAUAAGCUUGCAUGCUUUCAUUUUUUUUUUCUUGUCUAAAUAAUUAGGGAACUGGGGGUCUAUUCAAUCCAACAUUUGAAGGGAUUUGUUAAAAUAUAAAAAAAACUUUUGUUAUUCACAACAUUUGAAGGAACUUUAAAUUUCACAAAACACUACAAGAAAACAAUUAAUUUGCUAGGAACAUUUGCGAGGGAAAUUAUCCCUCGCAAAUUUGCGAUAGAAUUGCGAGACAUAUGCUACAAAUAUAAAAAUCCUAGCAAAUUCCUCGCAAAUUUGCGAGGGAGUGGGUCCUCGGAAGUCCACCGCAAAUUUGCGAGGGAUUUACGAGAUAAAUUAACAUUCCUCGCAAAUCCAUUGCAAUUUUGCGACAAUUUUGCGAUGACAACAUCCAUAGCAAAUUUGUAAGGGAUAGGCGAUGGAAUUGCGAGAGUCAUCGCAAAUCUAUUGCAAAUCAAGAAAAAAAUUCUCAAAAAGUAAUUGGAAAAUUUAAUCGAAUAUGAUUCAAAUAAUUUUGAGUGUUCAUAAGAUUAAUCAGAUAAAUAUCUAAAUUUUUCAAAAAAAAAAAUUAACUUUUACAUUUUUAUAUGUUUUGUUAGUUUAAUAAUACUAAUUUCACAUCCCAAACAUAAAUCCCAAAUCCUAUACCCCAAACCCUUACCCUAACUCAAAAUCUUAAAUCAUAAACUCUAAAAUUUAAAGUUUAAACUUUAAAAUCCUAAUCAAAGAAAUUAAAUUAUAAA